AACUGCGUUUAGUAUCGUACUCUUAUUCGUACAAAGUAUUACGCAGCAUAGAAUAAUAUAAGAAUAUCAAAAAGAAUUAUAAAAAUUUCAAUACCUGAAAUUUGUCCUUUACAAACAUAAAUUUAAUAAAAAAAAGUAAUAAAUAUAAUAUUUAAUUAAUAACAAUUGAUAGAAAUAAUAUUUGAACUUUCUUUCUAGAAAUUAAAACUGAAUAAUUUUUAAUAGUAUUUAUAGAAAAUGAUGCGCAUAAAAUGGAUUGAAAAUAUCUUAGAAUUCAGGAGCAAAAGAACAUUAUUAGAAAAAAGAUAUAUUUUUCCUCAAAUAUGUUCUACCUUCAGAUUUAGUAUCACUUCAAAGAAGAAUGAAACAAUUAAAAAUGAUGAAGUUGAAGAUGAUAAUAUGAGAAAAAGAAAGCCUAUAAAAUUUUCAACAUCUAAAGCAUCAAAAUUUCUUUCUGGAAAUAAAACGAAAAAUGUUCCAGAAUAUCAAGAAACAGUUUUAGUAACAUGUUUUGCUAUCUUUUUACUGUAUUUUUGUGUUUUGAGAGAAGAAAAUGAUAUUGAUGAAGCUAUGAUAAGGAAUAUACCACCAGAAAUUUUAAGACAAAUAUAUGGAAAAUAAAAGGAAUAAAGGAAUGUAAAAUAAAUUUCUGAAAUUAGAAAAUAAAAA